GACAAAAUAACGCACGACAAACUAGUGAAGAUGAAAUGCCAUACGCAAAGAGUCUAGACGAACCAAAAUGUAACCGAAAUUAUCAUAACAGACGUGCAUUAUCCCGCAGACGUCAACAGUAUUGCCGUCAGGACAAGACAGGCCGGAGAAAAUUAAGAUGGUGGAAACAAACUGAAACGGAAAAAUGGAGAUGAUAAUACUACUUGCGGUUCUUUCAUUAGUAUUGGGGACUCUUCCUAGACCUUCUGCUCUUCCUAUGACUGAUUACUCGCAGCUGAACCACGAUGAGCCGACGCACUGGACCAAAGCAGCCACCACCCACGCUCCUUCUACGUCAAGCCAGUGGAACACCAAGAAGCAGACGUCGGCCACCUUUGAGCCCAGCGGUGCAAAGCCCUCUGCAGCGACGUCACCACAGCAGCUGGAUUCGACAGCGAACGACAACAACACAAAGGAAAGCCAACUUAUCACCCUGAGCCUGCAGGAUCAAAGCGAGCUCACCACUAGGAGUUUUUUCAGCACGAACGAUCCGCUCUCAAUCUAUCCAAAUGAAAAUGAGACCACGACAGAUACUGACUUCGGAUUUGACAGGUUCAACUACAGUUCAACGGACAAAAACGCCAGUAAGACCGAGCUAAAUCUGGCAAAAUCCGUAACAAAAUUAGAACAGGAUGUGACAUCUGAAAGCACGACCGAGCCGACUACCAGCACCUCCGAGAACUAUGACGAGAACGACGAAAAAUCCACUAACCUGGAUCAUUAUUACAGGUACGAUUUAGUCGAGGAUCUACGAAAACUGUUUACAAAUGACAACGACAUGGGAGAAAAGCAGGACCUGACCGAUGCGGAUCUAGAUAAGGCGUUGAACAGUUUCAAAAAACCGGACGACACGGAUUCUAUGGACGAUAGCAAGAAUCAGAUCAUGCACAAAUUCGACUACAACAACCAAGACGGUUUCGAAAGCGAUCAAGAAGAAGAGGAAAUGAGAAAAGACGACGUGAAGCCCAAGUCGGUUUACGACGUGUUAGCGAUGCCGACGUUGUCGGAGAUAGACGAGAGCUAUGACGCGGAUACGCCUUUCAAAAAGUGGGACAGGGACAGCGAAGAGCAAGAGAAGCUUUUGGAAAACAUAGUUUUUCAAGCGAAUAAUGAUACAUUCGAUCAGAUGGAAAUAGGGAAAACAGAGAGCAGUUCAGAUGAACAGACUGGAGGAGGCAGAUGGUUUCUACUGUUGCUCGCUGGGAAUUCGACAAUCGUUCGUCUGAGGCAGAAAGAUUUUGCAAAGUAUUUAAAGCUCAACUUAGCGGCUAGACUGUCUCUCGAAUACGAUGAGGUGAAACUCAAUAAAGUAGUUUUGGCACCACCUAGGCUUAUGGUCAACGUGAGCGUCGUCCCUUCGGGUAUGGGAAACCUAGAUGAAGAAUUCGACCUGAAUGAACGUCUUUUUGGAGAAGAAGAAGCACCUCUUCAUAAAUUAGCGGAGACAAACGCGACUCUUUUAGAACUCUCAGGAGAAGAAUAUCACGUCGUACGAUUUUUGAGCCUGAGAUCCCAGCAGCCUUUGGCUCUCGACGAAGUCGCUUCUGAAACUAGCGUCGUUGUCUCAGACCAUCACGGUGACAUCGAAAGAGCUGUUUACAUCUGGAUCGGUACGAUUUGCAUCUUCCUUUUGAUACCAUUGAUCGUGGCGUUAUGCCGGUUGUACCUCCUCCCGAUGAAGAUCAAAUGGCCUUGGAAGAGAGACAAGCCUUUGUUCACAGCACCUUGGGCUCUUCCGAGACAUCAGAGGAUGGAAGAACCACCCGCACCGAUUGGCGGCCCCCUCAAAGUCAUUUAUUCAGGUGCGUUCGUCGACCGCAACGGCCCUCCUUCAGGAUCUUGGAUCGAAGACAACUACCAAAGUUCCAGCAUUCUUCACGACGAGCCCAAUCUUGAGAACCCCGUCUACGGUUUUGGAGCCCUUGACAAGUCGACUGUCCGUGAAAUUUGUGACCCGUCGGUUCUCGAGAGCCCAAGGUUUAACAUAGACAGCAAACUGAGGAUCCUCGGAUGCAGGCCCAACCAUCUACUCAUCCCCCACACUCCGAUCAAAAGAGCAGACCAGAAAUCAAAUUUGGAUGUGAGGAUACCCAAAGGUCUUGAUAAUCCAAAUUAUCAGACAUAGUUUGGGUCUGACAAGUUUGACAAACACAAUGCUCACAUCAAAAAUGGUAAUUGACUUAUUUUUUCAUAACUAAUGAGCUAAUUCAUAUAUGAGUAAAACAGGCUUAUAACAGGCUGCAUUACAUGAAUUACAUCAUUUUUUCACUAUAGUUCAUUUCCUGAAUAAUUUCUCUAUCAAAGCAUUUAUCCUUCUUUACCAUUUUGAAACGUAUUCUUUGGAGUGACAGUCAGUGAAAUAAAAAAUGUGUAAAAUUAUGUUAUAUACUCAUACAUAACAUGUAAAAAAUGUGUUAGUCUUCCAUAUGUAUAGUAUUGUAUGUUCCAUUUUUGAAUUUAAUAUUUUAAAGAUUUGUUUUUAUUGGGCAGCUUGAAUAUCCAAAACAAAAUGUGACAUUCACAAUUAUUGUACUCCAUCUGUUCAAGAAUAUAAUAAAAGUUGAAAAGGAAAUAGUAUUUACAAAAAAACUUGAACAUAUGAACAAUGUUUUUUGUAAUGUUUUUUAAUUGUUUGAAUGUAAGUACAAAAAAAGAGUUUUGAACAACAUUAGCAUAAUGUGCUUCCUUAGUAGGAUCCACAUUUUUAUGAUGUCAAAAGCAAUCAUUGUAUUUAUGUUGUUAUCAGACAAUGCAGUGCAACGUCACCAACAUCAAAUAAAAACUCAUAUUUCAGGUUUUGUGACAGGACUGGUCACCACUUUUACAAUUUGCAUGCAUGUAGUUGCUGGAGAGACUUGCUAUAAAAAAAGUAUUAAUAAGUAAAAUUUGCAGUAGCAGGCAGUUUUUUGAGUAAACCAAUGCCAACAUGUUUUAAAUACUUAGUAAUUUAUACAAAAAGUGUAUUGAAGUAUUUAGAUGUGGAGUUCCAUUUUGAUGUGACAAUGACAUAAAAACGCUUCUUUUUUUUUAAAACUGAUAAAUAAAUAAACUGUUUUAAAUAUUAUGCCUUAAACAAGAAGAGUCAAACUUUUAAAAAAAAGUUGAGAACGUAAUGCUUGCUCUUUACAUAUAAAUUAUAAAUGAAAUGUUAACUAUGUGUUAAUCUAGGCUGUUACAUUUAUAUUUUCCUAUUUAAAAUAUUUAGAUGUAAUUUGUGUAGGGCGGUAUAGAUUGUUUUUUUUUCCUAGUUGAUCAUCGUAUCAUUUAAAAUGUAUUAAAAGCAAGCACUCACGGAUGUGUAAAAAAGCAUGGUAACUCAGGGAGUCUUUAGUUAUCAAAAACUAAUAUUUAUAAUUAUUAUCUUAAUUGUUAGAUAUCCACUGAAGAAGUUACCAAAAAAAGGAAAAUCUAUUGUAUAGGGAAGUCACUUUGAAAGUUUAUGUCUAUGAUUGGGACUUUUAUUCAAAAAAGUGACAAUAUUACCUAAUAUUACAAAAAUGAAAUAAAACUAACAUUUAUAUAUGUGAUCCCUGUAAUUAUUGUAAAUAGCAUUUUAAAAAAUAGAUUAAUAUUGUUUCAGCAUUAUAGAUUCUAUUUCAAUAAUAUAGAAUCAAUGGAUUAAAAUAAUUGGUGUCUUCAUUUAAAGCACAUUUUUGCAGGCUGAGCUAAAUGGUGCUUCCCUAAUUGUUGUCAAAGAAGCAUAACUCAGUCAGUCUUAAGCUUAAUUGCACACCCUCAUGUGACAAUUGUUCAAACAAAAGAGCGAAAAUUUUUGAAAAUACAAAAAUCCUGCCAACCUCACCAAUUAUGUAAGUUUGCAGAUGUAAGAUAUUUUCCCAUUCUUCUUACUAUGCAACGAUAUUGUUAAAUUGUCUUAACCAGAGCAAAAUUUAACACAAUUAAUUACCAAGAACUAGACAAUACCUUAGAACUCAUUGGCAAAGUUUCGGCUCAACCUCAGGUCUGAUAUUUUGUGAAUGAAAGAAAAAUAAUUUGCCAAAUUUAUUUAUAUUUAAAAAAAGAGUGUUAAUUUUAAGAAGAAAUAUUAAACUAUAUAUGUAUAUAUAUGUGAAUGUGGUUAAUUAUAUGAUAGUUAACCUAAUAAAAUAAUUAGUGUAGGUCAAGUUAGAGAUUGGACAGUUCAUAGUUAAUGUUUGUGUUAAUAUAUUGGUUUAUUCAAUAAAGAGUAAGAUUAUGUAAUUAGUGGAAAGUAAACGAUGUUAAAUAAUUAUUAAUUUCUUUUGUUGGAAUAUUAUUCUAGUUGUAGCUAUCUUGCUUGAUCCAAAACUUUCAAUAAUAAUGUAUUCACAUUUUCUUCUUUGAUAACUUGAUUUUCACAAUCACUAAAAUAAUAGUUUCUGAAAAAUUUAUUGACAGAUUUUUUUUCUGUUGAUUUAUAGAAGAUUGAUUUGAAGCUUUAAGAGAAAUGGUUAAAAAAUUAGGAAAAUGUAAUGACUGGCAGACAUGUUUACAA